AUGCUGUACGAGAUGAUCGGAGUGGUACGGCCCGGCCGCCUCUCUGAAGUUAAAGAAAUCGCCAAAACCGCCGGAAAGAUUGUCCUCGAUCAACAGGGCGUAGUCCGCGGCGUCUCCAACUGGGGCACCUUCCUCCUCCCCAAGCCAGCGAAGAAGCUGCAAACCACACACCACUACGGCCACCACUUCAUUAUGCGCUUCGAUGCGAGCGCCCGCGCACAGCACGCUUUACGGCGAACCAUGAGCUUGGACCCUCGGUUGAUAAGAUACAGCGUCGUGAAGAUGGGCACCAAGUUUGAGGAGAUCAAGGACGUGCCAGGAACAGCCAACUUCAGGUGA